AUGGUUCAUGGUGCAGAUCUUCUCAAGGGCGUCCGCCGCUUGGCUGUGCCGGGCUGGGUGUCAAAGCUGACCGAUGGCGGGUGUCUAGGGUGGCAUUUCCAGCCGAAACGGCAACGUGAUCUGGUGGAUUACAUUGAUAGCUCUUGCUCGGAAAGCGAUUCGGAAGAUUACGAUUCCAGCGAUUGGCUUAAGAAGGUGCCCUGUGACAGGUGCGGUCGCGUUAUGGGAGGACAUUUCAAGGUCACCUGGCCGGAGGAAUACGUACUACUGGCUGCCGCUUGGCUUCCUGCCCUCCAAAGCAUACACUAUGUUGUUCGUAACGAGAUUCCACCGCCGGGUUCACUCGGCUCUGAUUACGCCCCCUGGCGGGCCCUGGCAGGUCCGAGCCCGCAAGAACCAGCCUUGGUGUUCGGAGAUAGUUGGGUGACGACCGCUACAGCAAUGUACCGACAUAGAGGAAAUCGCAAAAGCUCCCGAUUCAGCACAGUGGGGGCUGAGCCUGCACAAACCUUUCAGUCUAUCGGAGGAUCCUUGGUCGAGCUGUUUGCUCCUAUUGACUUCCACGUCUUGCUUCACGCUUUCGUCACAGUGCCAUUUUUCGAUCUGGAUUGGGCAGCAUCGUUUCCUAUGGACAGUCAGCUUCUCAAGGUGUGGAAAGACAAAAUUCCCCAUCUGAGCUUGAGAUACCUCAGAUGGGUGCCAGAGGGGUCGGACUUACUUCCUUGGAAGGCGGAUCUGAAGCCGCAUGGUACACCCAAGAAGAGGCGACAAUGA